AUGUCGUUCCGCCUGAGCACACGCAGCACAAGCCUGCGAACAUCCUUCGCCCGUCCGGCACCAACACCCAUCACACGCCGUCAUCUUAGCGCAUACGGCUACGAGCAAACAAAAGUACUAGCCUUUAACAACUACGGCGAACCCAAAGACGUCCUCCGUCUCCAUGGCCACAGCAUCUCUCCAGCACACAAGGAUCUCGUAACCUUACGCUUCCUCGCCUCUCCCAUCAAUCCAGCAGACAUCAACCAAAUCCAAGGUGUCUAUCCCACAAAACCCACCUUCAGCACCACCCUUGGAGCCCCCGAGCCCACAGCCGUAGGAGGCAAUGAAGGUGUCGCCGAGAUCAUCUCAGCAGGCGGCAGCGUCAAGGACUUCGAGAGAGGCGACUGGGUCAUCAUGCGCAGCCCUGGCUUCGGAACCUGGCGCACCCACGCCCAAACCACCACAGAAAACCUCCUCAAGAUCCAAGACAAGACGAACCUCACACCCCUCCAAGUCGGUACCGUCAGCGUGAACCCCUGUACAGCUUACCGCAUGCUCAAAGACUUUGUUCCUCUCAAAGAAGGCGACUGGUUCAUCCAGAACGGUGCCAACUCAGGCGUGGGCAGAGCAGCGAUCCAACUCGGAAAACUCUGGGGCUACCGCAGCAUAAACAUCAUUCGCGAACGCUCUGACGCCUCAGCAACAGAAGCAAUGAAGCAAGAGUUGAAAGAGCUGGGUGCAGAUAUCGUCCUUACAGACAAAGAAGCAAUGGACAAAUCCUUCCGCAAUGUCAUCAAGGAAGCCACAAACGGUGGUCGCGAACAAAUCUCCCUUGCUCUGAAUUGCGUAGGCGGCAAGCUCGUCAACAGCAUGGCCAAGAUCCUCGCCGACAACUCGCACAUCGUAACCUAUGGCGCCAUGUCCCGUGAACCCGUCACCGUGCCCGCCGGCCUCCAGAUUUUCAAGAACAUUUCGUACGAUGGCUUCUGGGUAAGCAGAUGGUCGGACGCAAACCCAGAGGACAAGAAAAAGACCGUCGAGCAUGUGCUAGACCUGGUACGAGAGGGAAAGUUCAAGGACACACCUUUUGAUCAAGUAAAGUGGGAAUGGGAGACCAAGGGUGACGAGCUGAUCAAGGCCGUUCAAGGCACAUUGGAGGGCUUUAGAUCUGGCAAGGGUGUCUUUGUGUUUGGCAAGACUUGA